AACGAGGAACGUGUUUGCAAUAGGCAGCUGCCUUUGGCAUGUUAUGGGCGAAAUAGAUCGAGUGAAAAUAAUUUGCGACUUGCAAAAAGUGGUGUGCGAGACUGGAAGAGACGCCGGAGAGCUGAAAGUGCACUGUGAUUGAUCAUAAUCGUACUAGGUGUUCCGUGUUUUCUUAAGGUGAAGUGAGCCAUUGUUACACUAUGGCCACCCUGGAGCAGUGCCGGCAACUUACGGAUUGUAACGGAGAUCAAUUCAUCGAAUUGCACAACUGUGAAGACCCUGGUCUAAGAUACUCUGCCAAAUUUCGGUUAGGCGAUUUGACUUGGAAACUACAUGGGCAAGAAUGUUUGGCUACGAUCGGAUCGGGCUACGUGGCCUUAGUUUCCAUUGAUCUAAAUGACGAAUUGAACAGAUCAUGUGACUUCAAUGAGGCACGAAACAUUCUACUAAGAAAUGUGAAGAUAGAGCAAAUUUUGUUGGACGAAAUGAAGGACGAUAUGGUUGGGCUUGAGCGUUCUAUUAAAAUGCAAUUGCUCGAGUUAGGAAUGGAAGCCUCGAAACAUCCUGCCAAUGCCAAAUGCUUGUUGGAUCUUUUGAGAAUAGCAAAGGGUCGUUUUGUAAUCGAUUCCCAAUUCUGCAAGGAUUUGUGCUCGAGUGAGCUAAUCAACAGGAGGCAUUUAAAAGUGUCUUGUGUAAAGUAUGUUGCAAUUAGAGACGCAAUGAAAAGCCGAAGAUCACUGCUACUAGAAAACAUUUCAGUCAAAGAAUGGAAUGAGGGUACCAAUUUUCUUAAAGAAUAUUUGCAUAAAUCAAUUCUACUACACAAGAACGCACUGAUGGAAAAUAGUACUCCACAGAUUAAAAGCAUGAUAAAGAAAUUUAAACCAGUACGCAGCAUACUGAUCGGUUUAACGGAUAUUGGAAUUUUAUGUGACUUCGAACACAUUCUGAAUCAUGCCGAUUUUGGGUCAGUUCUGCCCAUAAUAUUGGAAAAUUUCGUCAACAGUCUGAAUACGACUAAAUUUGACGAUUUUGGCUUUUGGCUCCCAACGAUAAAUGGUGUUUACGUACAAGUGGUUAAAAGCAUGUUUGAAACAGCCUCUCGUUUUGAACAUACAAUUGACGCAAAACACAUUCUCCGUUAUUCUAAAAAUCAAUGGAUAGUGGUCAAAAAGCCCAAUGUAAUCAAUUCUUCGACGCAUAGAUGUUUCGAAGUGCAGCUCAACAUGCUUGCCAGUUUGGCCAACCAUUUCGAGCCUGGAAAGGCUACAGCCUGGCAGAAAUAUCCUUACACUUUUCGGAUUGAGCUAUUGCAACCUACGGAUAUGAUUCUAUGUGGGCAGCACGCGUGGCUCUGUCUGGCCGAUGCCACCACAUUCAGCAUUUUUGAAGGUAAUUUCGGACGGCUUAAUCUGUGUUCAGAUGUUUUAAAAAUUGUGCACGAGUGUUUGCUGCUUGAAGAUUUACAGUGUGAGCAAAUGGAAUUCAGUCGCAAGUUGAUUCAUAACCUGCUUGAGUUAGUGGCACAGGUGGAGCAUGAACUGCAUCUGAAGCACGACAAAUUACAAGAAGAAAUAUUUCGAAAGCAGUCGAAUAUCCUCUACAUCUUGUUUGUUCAACAAAAAGCAGCAAAUUUGCUUUGCCAUCCCAUCGCUGUCUUCAAAAAUAAUUGGGAAAAGCUGUCCUUAUCAAACUUUUCCAAUACAUUCAAAGGAAAGUAUUUAAAUCCAUUAAUGAAUGAGAUCAAGGGUAUGCUAUUGGAGCUAAUAUACAAUGUGCUAGAUAAGAAAGUCGACCUCGUAAGUAUUUUAGACUUUUUAGCAGUGUGCAACAAUUUCCUUGCGGAACUAGAAGGCUUCUCUUUCGAAUGGUAUUUGCGCUUCACAAAUGAACGAUUGAAAAAUGCUCUAUUGGAAGUUAAAAUCAUCGCAAGCACCAACACACAAUUAAGUAGAACAGCAUACGAGUGUUUCAGAGUUUCAAAACAUUAUUACAACACUUUUACGGAGAUCUGUGCUAUGGAUGUAAUUCCGGAACACUUCCAAAUCGAUAUUGUUAGAGUUCUGCUGAAAUACACCAUCGAGCUAAUGCGAAAACGUACAUGGAGAAACGGAGACAAACUUCUGUCCAGUCAUGAUCAGCUUAUCAUUGCAACACUGAUGCUUAAUGUCUUCAGGGAGGCACUCGUUUAUCUCAAGAAGCAACCGAAUUACUUGAACUUCAACAUAUUUCGCGAAGAGUUCAUCAAACCGUUUAGCAGCGCAGUUGAGAAAUCUGACUCCUUGGGGAAUUUUACCAAACGAGUGGCAGAGAUAAACAAAUACUUCGAACAUAUCCAUCAAGAGAACGCAAUUGAUAUCGAGAAGCGUUUCAUUCCACUGCAAGUCAAGUCACCUCUGAAGCACUGCAAAAAGUUGAUGGAUGCUGACUGGGAUCAGUAUGUUGAACUUCACGAUUCCAACUCCAUUGGACUUCCGUAUUCUGCAAAAUUUCGCUACAGAAAUCUGUACUGGAAGCUACACGGCACAGCAUGUUUGAUCACUGUUGGUACAGACUAUGUGGCAAAAGCACGCAUAGAAGGCAUCGUCGAACUUAACGAAAGCAGUGACUUCCAUAGAGCAAAGCAGAUACUGCUUAGAAACAUCAAGAUCGAGAAGGUACUAAAGCCGCAAAACGGGGCACAUUUCUUAACCACACAAUGGCUGGAAAUGUCGGAUAAACGUCGGACCUGUACUGUAACCCAGCCGACAUGGCUGGAUUCAAUUGAACUGUUCAACACGUGGACAUCCAAUCGAAAGAAACCUGAUGAUAGGCCUAAUCCAGCACCAUCAAACAAUGACAGAAUUGAACAACAAGGUUUGGACCCGCAAACUAUGGAGAAAUUGCAUGCGAAAAUAUACGGAUGGACUCUUAUGCAGCGAGGUCAGCUUACAGACGGCAACGAGAAACAGUAUAUAAAAUUUCGAAACCCUAAUUCAAGUGGAGUUCCGUAUUCAGCCGUGAUCGACCACGAUGGCUCCACCUGGCGGUUGCAUGGCGGAGAUUGCCUAAUUACAAACGGACCCAGCUUUGUCGCUCAAGUUUCUAUGCAGUCACUUGAAGAUCUCAACAAUGAAUCCAAUUUCAACUCAGCAAAGACGGUUCUUUUGAAGAAAAUGAAAAUAGAGGAAGUGUUGUUGGACGAACUGCAGAUGAGGACUGCCAACGCACUGAAAUCUUUCCAAUCUGAGCUGUUCCGUUUGGGGACUGAAAGUGCUACAAAUGUUAACUCUGGAAGAUGCUUAUUGGAGCUGUGGAGAAUUUCAGAACUGCAUCACAACCGAAUGACGGAUGCCUUUGCUAAAGAUGUUCACUCAAAUGCUUUUGUAAAAAGUGAAAAGUUGAAAUUAGCUCUCAAUGAUUAUAUUGGGAACUCUUCGAAACUGGAAAAAAGAAGUUUGUUUCAAAGAGGAUGGAAAGCUUUCAAAAUAUUUGUCAAUAGGAACGAAAGCUUCAAAGAUAUUUUAGAACCAGUGUACAUAAAGCAUAAGUCUUCUAUCUUGAAAAUGUGCUCAUUUCAAAUUAGAAGUAAACUUUGCGAUUUAGAGUUGCAAUGCUUCAUGAUGUUGAGAGAAGACGAUGUUAAACUUUUCAAUGACUUAGAAUGUUCCUCGGAAGAUUCUGUCAUAAACGACGCUCUUCCGCAUAUUUUGGAUUGGUUUGUAAGAAGAAUCAACGCACUGAAACAUAACGAUUAUUGUAAUUCGUUGCCUUUAGUUAAUGGAGUCUAUUUUUCAAUAUGUAAAGGCAUGGUGGAAAUUGAAAAUCGCCUAAUAUCGGAACUUCCUGGAAUUGAAAGCGUUAUUGAGUACGAGAAUGGCCAAUGGACUAUGACGUUCCCAGCUAAGAAUCAAAUGAAAUCGAUACUUUCUAAGUGUUUUGCAAAGCAGUUGGAGAUGCUCAUGAAACUGGCAAAUCAUUUUGAGCCUGGAAAGCCGACUGCGAGACUAAACUAUCCAUACGACAUGCAAAUCGAGCUUCUCGAACCGGCAGAGAGCUCAUGUAGUGAACAUCUUAUCUGGCUCUAUGUGGCAGAUUUCACGAUGGUGUAUAUUUUCCAGAAAGACUUGCAUCGCAUAAAUGAAUAUUCCUCUGUAGCGGAAAUGUUCAAGAACUGCUUGUCUUCUGUGGAUUUGCGUACAGAAUCUCUAGAAUCAAUACGCACCUUGACACACAGUACCUUGGAGUUAGUGGCUCAAAUAGAACAAUCGGGAUACGGUCUCAAUGAAAUGAAUAGAAUUAUUCUAGACGGGCAGAUACGCUUCAUGCGUCAAGCAUUUUUCGGUGACCACGUAGCAUUCACACAGUAUCGAGACAUUACAGAUGCAUUCAAAGUUUUUUGGGAGAGAUUUAAUGAUAUUCUUCCUAUGCUGCCUAGCCUGGGUCAACAGAAUGACAAAAUUAAACCCAAACUCAUAGAAGUUAUAACACGUGUUUUGAAAAAGACAUUACAUUCGGAUGGCAUAACAAAAUUCUUCAGGUCGUACAACGACUUUAUCAUGGAUUUGAAAGAGCUUAACUUUGAGUGGUAUGUGCGCAUUCGUGAUGAGGUCAUCAAGAAUUCUCUACUGAAGCAGAAAGUAAUAAGAAAAGUUGAAAACAACUUGAGCGGCUCCUUCAACGAAUGCUAUCAAGUUUCAAAGGGGAUGUCCGAUAUGUUUGUAAAAGUCUGUGCUGGAAUAGGAGUACCAAAACAUUAUCAGAUAGAGAUUGUGUGCGAGUUUCUCGAAUACAUGAUUGGUCUUAUACGAAAAUCCCAUUGGAAAAAUUAUCGUGAGCUAACUGAUGAGGACCAGCUGAAUGCGACGGUUCUGCUGAUAAAUGCAAUUAGAAGCUCGCUAAUGUACCUCAAGGAGCAGCCACUUUACGUUGAUUUUGACAAAUUUUUCGAAGAAACUGUCAAACCUUUUUGCAGUGUUAUUGAAGACAGUGACUCGAUGGAAAACUUUACCAAAAGAGUGUCACUGAUUAAAGACUCGUUUUGGUACGUUCGUAACCAGAAUUCCAUUGGAAUCGAUAUGGCUCUAGCGUUGUGCAGCCGCGAUAAUAACUAUUUUAACGAAUCAAUUUUAAAGACAUGUUUCGAACUGUAUAAUGAUCAGUUCGAGAUAUACUUGAGUGACAAUAAAGAGCUGAAGAGCGGAAAAAGAAUUCAAAAUAUUGUGCACGACGUUCACGAAAAGGUUCACCCAACGCUUUGCUCUGAAUGGACCAACAAAUUGAAGCAGACGACUAUUCCAAAAAUUCUUGCCGGCUUGGGAGCUGUGUGGUCCAUCAUGGUUUCGAUGGAUGUCGCUUGCUCAGGAAAUUAUCUGAAACCGCAUCCGAUCCAAAUACUCAGUGUUCUGAGACUGUUGUGCGUUGACAACAAGACCACCGGCGUUGACAAGCACCUGGCACAAAUUUUGACUGGCCAGGGUAAAUCACUCACUCUUGGUCUAGUGGCGGCGAUACUCGCCUUGUAUGGCCAUAAAGUAGAUGUUGUCUGUUACAGCAAAUAUUUAACCGAACGAGAUUCGGAUGAUUUCUGUGACUUCUUCGAAAAGUUCUCUAUCAAAUCGAAGAUAUCCUACAAAACAAUCGAUGACGUAUGUGAUCAAAUACGCACUCUUAGUGGUAGAUCAGAACAAUAUAUCAGAAAAUGCAUCGGACUUCCAUACAGUAAAUAUAGUACAAAUGAGGAUGAUUUAACUGACUCAGUACUCCUGAUUGACGAGGUCGAUGUUUUUUUCAUAGACACAUUUUAUGGCAAUACUUCUGACUAUAUUAAAAGGCUGAACAUUAAAGGACUAGGUCAUAUUCAACAAAUGAUUUGGGAGUUGGUUCAAUGCUAUCCUAAUGACGUUGAGAACAGAGUCAGACAAUUCAUAGACUCAUCAUACACUUCAGACAUUGUUGAGUUUAGAUCACUCAUGUAUCGGAAUGGGUCUUACUUUUUGUAUGAUAAUGACAAAGCAUCAAGUAAUAUGUACACGAACGAAUCAUUGUUUCUUAAACACUUACGGAAAAUGAUAAGCGUUGCGCAGAAUGUCCAUAAUCGAACAAUAGAUGAUAACUUUUUCUGGGAUUUCAGAAUUGAUGAUUCUGGGAAAAUAGAAAUGACUGAUAAUCUUGGCCAAUUUAGUGGCACCUGGUUUCGUGGGUAUUAUAAUACAUUUGUUUAUUUCAAGCUACGUAAAACCGAUUUCAUUGAAAAGGUGGGAACUUCGCUGAACUUCGGUUACUUGAUAUUAGAUUCUGCUUCUUUUUCGUACUCUAAGUUACCGGAAAGUUAUCCCCUAAUAUUGGGUGUCACCGGUACGCUUACAGGUCUUAGCCCUUAUGAGAAAAAUGCCAUCGAAAAUAACUACAAUAUAAAGCGUCGGUCGAUAAUGCCUUCGUACUUCGGCGGCACAAAUCUGAUAUUCUCGCAAACCGAAAAUUUCCAAUGUCUUCUGGACGAAAGCAGCUGGCGAAGAAUGAUAUUCACUCGAGUGAACUCCAUCAUCAAUGCCAACAGAUCGGUAAUUGUAUUUUUCGAAGACGAAAUCGAGAUCAACCAGUUCACGCGGCUCUUUGAGAACCAACUUGAUCGAUUGCACAAAAUUACGAUCAACACUGACCCCGGAAUCAGAGAACGGUACAUCGCCGAGGCUGGUCUAACCCGGACGGUUACCUUAGGAUCGCGGGCCAUGGGUCGUGGAGUGGAUUAUAAAUCGUCACUUCUAGUGGAAAAAAAUGGCGGCAUUCACGUAAUACAGACGUUCUUUUCGCUGGACGACAAGGAGGAAACGCAAAUUAAAGGACGUACCGCUCGUAAAGAUCAUCUUGGAAGUUACGAAUUAAUCGUUUGUCAAUCGCAUCUUGAGAAAAGUGAAUUGACUAAUUGUAAUACGAAUAUCAAAGAGAUCGAUUACACAUAUUUGGAAGCAUCCAGGGUUAGAAUUACUUCUUUGACUUCUGAAGGUAAGCUAAGGAAACUACAAGAAUCCAAUAGAAAACAUGAUGAAUCGAUGAGAUUUUAUGAGAGUAUCUGAGUUGAACUACUUCCUCUGAAAUAAGAAAAACUGUUCUAUAAUAUAUUAUGUUUGAGAUCGUUUUUAAUCCCAUAUAGGGAAAACGUUCUGAUCUCCAUCUCACCGAACAUAUAUUCAUCUCAUCGCGAAACAAAGAAAUACGGCACCAAUUUCGUCGCUUCUUUUUGUAAACAUGCAUGCUCACUGCUGGAAAAAAUCACAAAAAUUAGGGUAUCCAAUCAUGGUUUGAACCAAAUGGCAGGUAUCAGAUGAGCUGUCAGAAAAAAAGUUGAUUUAUUUUAUUAUAGAGACAUUUUACAACCGCGAACUCUUGUUUAUACGAAAGCUUAGUUCAUUAUCUUUCUAAAAACACCCUGGGAUCAUAUAUUUAUGCUUAGUUUCAUUGAAAAAACUUAGUGUCUUUCGGCGUUGCAGUCUCGAAGAAAUUAAAAAACUAUUUAGUUUCAAUG